AUGUCUUUGACCUUGUCAUUUGAUAGAUCCAAGAAAUCAAACAGUGGUUUAAAAUUGGCGAAUAAUUUGAAGAUCGCUCUUGCCCAGAAUUUAGCUGAUGCCAACUCCAAGUUAACCAUCGAUACAGAGUCCAAUGAGCUAAGACUAACGGUUGCGGGAUCUGAGUUCAGUUUGUUCAACGCCAACGCUAUUUUGAGAUACGUUCUAGCCGACUUUAAAGGUCUUGAGUCUCCAGAAUCGCAUUUUGCCGUUUCGUCGCUCGAAGCUUUGCUGUACCAUCCUAAUGCUCAUAAGGAACAUAUCGACGAAACUGUGAACAAAGCCUUGGAAAACUACUUGUUAGAUUUUACUGAGCCACUUGGUGCUACCAAAUUGAUCACUUUUGCCAACGCUUAUGCCUUGAGUCCCGCCUUGGUGGAGGCUCAUCUAAAAGCUUUACCCGAAGCUGUCUCAGCUGCAAUUGCGAUUGCGAAGUCUUCAGCUCCAAGAGAAUCAUCUAACGCCAAACACACCGGUGCUGUGAAAGUUGAUACCAAUUUUGCGGUCAAGAAACAUGGUGCCGAAAUAUUGCCCAAAGAAGGCGAGCGUAACAUCCUCAUCACUUCUGCACUUCCAUAUGUGAACAAUGUUCCUCAUCUAGGGAACAUCGUUGGUAGUGUGCUUUCUGCUGAUAUCUAUGCCCGCUACUGUGAGGCCAGAAAUUACAACACUUUGUUCGUGUGCGGUACAGAUGAAUAUGGAACAGCCACUGAGACUAAGGCACUUGAAGAAAAAUGUACUCCGCAGGAACUUUGUGACAAAUACCACAAAAUUCACAAAGACGUCUACGAUUGGUUUCAGAUUGGGUUUCACCACUUUGGAAGAACCACUACCGAUCAGCAAACCACGAUUGCCCAAGGAAUUUUCAAUGAUUUAAACAAGAACGGCUAUUUGGAAGAGCAAACAAUGAAACAACUGUACUGCGAGGUUCAUAAAUCCUUCCUGGCUGAUAGAUUUGUGGAAGGUACUUGUCCAAAGUGUGGUUACGAGGACGCUCGCGGUGAUCAAUGUGAUAAAUGUGGUGCCUUACUAGAUCCAUUCGAAUUGAUCGACCCUCGUUGUAAGCUGGAUGGUAGUAAACCAAUUCCGCGAUUCUCAGACCAUGUAUUCAUCUCUUUGGAUAAAUUGGAAUCUAAGAUCAAAGCAUGGGUGGAAAAAUCAUCCAGGGAGGGCGACUGGAGUAAGAACUCAAAAACCAUCACCAACUCCUGGCUCAGAGAGGGCCUACAACCCCGCUGUAUCACAAGAGACCUUGUGUGGGGUACCCAGGUUCCGCUAGAGAAGUACAAAGACAAGGUUUUAUACGUGUGGUUUGACGCUCCUAUUGGCUAUGUGUCAAUCACUGCUAACUACACCAAGAAAUGGGAAGAAUGGUGGAAAAACCCUGAAAAUGUAGACUUGUAUCAGUUCAUGGGUAAAGACAAUGUUCCUUUCCAUACCGUUAUCUUCCCAGGUUCUCAGCUCGGUACUGAAGAAAACUGGACCAUGUUGCACCACUUGAGUACAACUGAAUACCUACAGUACGAAGGAGGAAAAUUCUCCAAGAGUAGAGGCGUUGGUGUGUUCGGAAAUAAUGCCAAAGAGACGGGUGUUUCUCCUAGUGUGUGGAGGUACUACUUAGCGUCCGUGAGACCUGAGUCCAGCGAUUCCCACUUCUCGUGGAACGAUUUUGUCGCUAGAAACAAUGGUGAACUGCUUGCCAACCUAGGAAACUUCGUGAACAGAUUAGUCAAGUUCGCCAAUGCCAAAUACAACGGUGUUGUGCCCGAAUAUUCCAUCAGCCAUUUGAAUGAUUUCGAAUCGUUAAAGAAGGAUGUGGAUGCAACUUUGACCAGCUACAUCAGCGAAAUGGAAAGAACUCACGAAAGACGUGGUCUUGAGUUGGCAAUGGCACUCAGUGCCCGUGGUAAUUUAUUUUUGCAAGAGAAUAAACUAGACAACACUCUAUUUUCAGACUUCCCAGACAAGUCCGAUGCUGUUGUUGGUGUUGGUCUCAACCUCAUUUACGCCGUUGCGUCUGUCAUCUACCCAUUCAUGCCUGAGAGUGCCGAAACUAUUUACAGGAUUUUGAAUGCCCCACCUCUACGCAUUGACAGCACUUUCAACCUCAGCAUACAUGGGGGACACAAUAUCAACAAGGCUGAAUACCUCUUCAAGCGUAUUGACGAGAAAAAAAUCGACGAAUGGAGAGGCAUGUAUGGUGGCCAACAAAAAUAA